AUGACAUCUACUGCGACCACCAGCAACACCUGGCCUUGGAUGAAAGGGGAAGGAUUUUGUACUGAUGCUAUUGAUCCCGUAACCCCCGACGACGAUCGUCCUUCUGUGGCUGACUUGAUUCAGAAACACCGCAAGGACAUCGACGCAGUCCGUGCGAUUCUACAGGCUGAGGAGCCCCUCUUUGUUCCAACCAAACACGACGAUCUUUGGUUGGUCCGCUUUCUCUUGAGCCAUAAAAAGGUAAAGGAGGCCGCAGCAGCUGCCAAGACUUCGAUCCAGUUCCGCCACCAGUACCACCUCGAUGAACAAGACCUUCGAUUUUCGCCCGACUUGAACCAAUUGCCCGACGACGAAGGCUGGAAGAAACUAUCGAGCAACUCCCAGCCUGGCGCCUACAGUUUUACGCUUCCCGAUGCCUCUCGCGGUCCUUUAGCCUACAUGCAAUUUGCCGAUAUUGAUCAAAACGGACUGGCGAAACUAAUUAAAGACGAUGAAAUGUUUCAAUCCAUGUUGCAUGUCACCGAGUGGUCGUUUCAAUGGUGCGACCAUGUUACUCGUACCACUGGUCGUUUGACGAAACAGGCUCGAAUUGUGGGUCUCAAGAAUUUCAAGUUUCUCAAAAUGUUGAAUUUGGAAUUCAUGUCUCGUCAAGGAGAAGCAACCAAAAAGAUUGAAGAUUGUUACCCACAAUUGUUGGGCAGUUUGUUCUUGUGCGAUCCUCCCACCUGGAUUGAUGUUCCCUGGACGUUGGUGCGACCCUUUCUGCCCAAGCGAGUUGUGGCCAAGACGGAUUUUGUCAAGCCUAACGAAAAGGAGAAAGAUUUGAAAAAGAUGUAUCGUUUCCUGACCAAGGAGAAUCUCCCUCAACGCUACGGUGGAGCGUCCACGUUGUGGCCUCUUCCGAAGCUGCCCGAGGGAUGUGGCGCAGAACCGGAAACUGCAGAAGAAAUCGAGACUGAGAUUAUGACUUAA